AUGUCCUUUACUAGGUGCAGAAUUCAGAUACUCGCCACAUUAAAGGAUAGACUUCAAAUUAAACGCAACACGCUGAUCCACAAUUGGAGAGAGUACAAACCCUUGCCCUUCGUGCUGAGAAACACUGACAGGAGAAUGGAGAGAUUUCGGCAGAUUACCUCAAAUAUACAGUUUCUGAACGACAACCACUUGUACACUGAGUCUGAUGGGAUGACCGAGGCGGCCAUCGCAUUAUAUAUUUGCCUCUCAAAUACCAGAGGUUUCUCACUGAGAGUCAUAUCUUCCGGUGACAACAUAUUAGGAGUGCCUCGGUAUCCAAGAAAAAGCGCCCAAAGAUUAUAUAAACUCCCUUAUGAUACUCUUCAGCUUGUAUUUACUUAUCCUUCCUGCACCCAACUACUAACCCAAAUGUAUAACGAAGCUCUCACUGGUGGUGAAUUACUAUCAUCCUUGCAAACCAUUUGUAUCCCUACUACCAAAGAAAGAUUGUAUUUCCUCUUUGAAGAUUUGGAGACCAAUUGCCCAGAUCAACGCUGA